CGCAGUUUGAAUGAAAGCACCUCAAGAUGGCGGCAGCCGGGGCCGAAGCGCAAAGAGUGUGGUGUGUUCCUUGCCUAGUUUCACUUGAUACUCUUCAGGAAUUAUGUAGACAAGAAAAGCUCACAUGUAAAUCGAUGGGAGUCACCAAAAGGAAUCUAAGCAAAUAUGAGGUGGAAUACUUGUGUGACUACAAGGUAGAAAAGGAUAUGGAAUACUACCUUGUAAAAUGGAAAGGGUGGCCAGAUUCUACAAAUACCUGGGAACCUUUGCAAAAUCUCAAGUGUCCAUUACUGCUUCAGCAAUUUUAUAAUGACAAACAUAAUUAUUCAUCUCAGGUAAAGAAAGGCAAAGUAAUAAUGCCAAAAGACAACAACAAAACUUUAAAACCUGCUGUUGCUGAAUAUAUUGUGAAGAAAGCUAAACAAAGGCUAGCUCUGCAAAGAUGGCAAGAAGAACUCAACAGAAGAAAGACUCAUAAAGGAAUGAUAUUAGUUGAAAAUACGGUUGACUUGCAGGGCCCACCUUUAGAUUUCUUCUACAUAAAUGAAUACAAGCCAGCCCCUGGAAUCAGCUUAGUCAAUGAAGUUACCUUUGGUUGUUCAUGCACAGAUUGCUUCCUUGAGAAAUGCUGUCCUGCUGAAGCUGGAGUUCUUUUUGCUUACAAUAAGAAGCAACAAAUUAGAAUCCCUCCUGGUACCCCCAUCUAUGAAUGCAACUCAAGGUGCCAGUGUGGACCUGAUUGUCCCAAUAGGAUUGUACAGAAAGGCACACAGUAUUCACUUUGCAUCUUUCGAACUAGCAAUGGCCGUGGCUGGGGUGUGAAAACCCUUGUGAAGAUUAAAAAGAUGAGUUUUGUCAUGGAGUAUGUUGGAGAGGUAAUUACAAGUGAAGAAGCUGAAAGGCGUGGACAGCUAUAUGACAACAAAGGAAUCACAUAUCUCUUUGAUCUGGACUAUGAAUCUGAUGAAUUCACAGUGGAUGCAGCUCGAUAUGGAAAUGUUUCCCAUUUUGUGAAUCACAGUUGUGACCCAAAUCUUCAGGUGUUCAAUGUUUUCAUUGACAACCUUGAUACUCGUCUUCCUCGAAUUGCAUUAUUUUCCACAAGAACCAUAAAUGCUGGAGAAGAGCUGACAUUUGAUUAUCAAAUGAAAGGUUCUGGAGAUAUAUCUUCAGACUCUCUUGACCACAGCCCUGCCAAAAAGAGGGUCAGAACUGUAUGUAAAUGCGGGGCAGUGACCUGCAGGGGUUACCUCAACUGAGAUUUCAGAAAGUAGAUCUGAUGAUAACUAUUUUUUCCUAAUGUUAAUAUUUAAAGCAUUUGCUAUUGUUUGAUAUUAUCAAGAUUAUACCUGUUAACUUAUAGUCCAUGUUACAUUUGUCAAACAUUAUUGUUGAUUCUGAAGAGGACUCAGUAUCACAUAGCCUAAUUUCUAAUUUGAAGUGUACAUAUUUGGUAAUGAGAAAUGAAACGUAGAAGACAAACUGUUUAUAGAUGAACAUGAAUGCUUGGUCUGUGUGUCCAGGGAAGUGUCCCCUUCUGUGUUUGGAAAUGUUAAACUUACAAGGUUACCACAACAUUCACUCUCAUUUCAGAGAAACAGUUGAUCCCAUUUGUGCACAUAAACACAUUCUAUUUUUAUUACUAUGUUGUUAUUCCUGUUUAAUACUCAUAAUCUUAUAUUUGAACCAAUAGGAGAUGCUGAAUUUUUUACACUAAUUUAUACUUUUUCCUUAAAACAUUGGCAUCUCAAUUAUAGACACAAGGUAUGUAAAAUUUUAAUUUAAGUUUUACUUCAUAUUUUGACACAAUCUACAACAUCUAAACCUAGAAUUCUCAAAAGGUUUCUUAAUUCUAUAAAAGUAAAUAAAAUACCUGAAAAUAUAAAACCUCUCUGAAAAUUCAGAGUGGCUGGAAACUAAUCUUCCUAAGGACAUGCCUGUGCGACCAGGAGGACUUUUCUUGGCAUUAUAGGCAAGAGAAAUGGAAUUCUCUGAAGUCCCAUUUACAAAGAUAUCUAUGUUGAGUACCUCUGGUCUAAAUAGUGCAGCAAGACAUUUACGGAGCCACUGUAGCUAGAGAUAAUGUAAUAUUCACUGACGUUACCUUCUGUGUCAGGCAGUUUCAUGUCCCUUUACAUCCAUAUUUUUAUAUUUCCUGUGGAUUCUUCUUAAAAAAUAUUCUGUAUUUGAAUGAGAGUUUUUUGAUGUAAUAAAGCUAAACUUGGC